CACUACCACUGUUUCUUCCUCGCUAUCCCUCUUCUAAACCCCGAGCCAGACGAAGAAGAAUGCAACACCACCACAGAUAACAACGCAAUGAAACCAUGGAAUCUUCAUCUUCCUUCGUCACCACUCUCACGUGCGCUAUCACGUGCACUCAGCUCCGCCGCAUCGGCGUUUCCCCUGAAGACGGUAACCACCGCCAACUUCGAACCCUCGCUGGUGGAUCUCCGGCGCCACGUCCGCUCCUCUGACUUCGUCGCCAUCGACCUCGAGAUGACCGGCAUCACCAGCGCCCCCUGGCGCGAGUCCCUCGAGUUCGAUCGCUCCGACGUCCGCUACCUCAAGGUCAGAGACUCCGCCACCAGGUUCGCCGUCGUUCAAUUCGGCGUCUGCCCCUUCCGAUGGGACCCCUCCAACAACUCCUUCCUCGCUUAUCCGUACAAUUUCUAUGUGUUUCCACGCCAGGAGCUUGCGGGUUUUGGUCCAUGUAAUGAGUUUCUCUGCCAGACUACUUCAAUGGAUUUCUUGGCUAAAUACCAGUUUGAUUUUAAUGUCUGCAUACAUGAAGGAAUAUCUUAUUUAUCCAGAGAGCAAGAAAGGGAAGCAAUAAGGAGGUUGAAUUCGACUUACGAUAGUGAGAGGCCAGACAUUUGUAAAUUAAAAGAUGUCAGGGACAUACCAUUGCUCAGCAUGGCAGACACUUUGUUCACUGCACGAAUGAAAAGUAAGUUCAGUGAAUGGCGUGAUGGGUUAUUACAUGAGCAAAAUCAAGAAGACAGAAUUCAAGAAAUUUCAGAAGACUCAAAAGAACAAUUUCAAGUGAUGUUCUUUAAGUUGCAGCCUGCUCUUAGGCUUAAUGGAUUCACCUCUCAUCAGCUUAAAUUGAUUCAGUUGGUCAUCAGAAAGAACUUCAAAGAUCUUUAUUAUGUCAGUGUGAACACUGAGGCUUCUGGUUCACAGCAAAUUGUUCUAUAUACAGACUCAAAGGAUGAACUGAACUUAAUUAUGAAGGAGGUGAAAGAUGAAAAUCACAGGAUGGAAGAAAUGAAGAUCCAGACUGCAGUUGGUUUUCGUCAUGUUAUUGAUCUCCUUUCAUCAGAACAGAAGUUGAUAGUUGGCCACAACUGUCUUCUGGAUAUUGCUCAUGUCUACAACAAAUUUAUCAGACCUCUUCCUGAGACUCCUGAAGAGUUUGUUGCCUCUGUUAACAAGUGCUUUCCAAACAUUGUUGAUACCAAAAUACUCCUAAACACUAAUUCUAUGCUCCAAGGAAGGAUGAGAGGGUCCAGAAAAUCACUGGCCUCUGCAUUUUCUUUGUUUUGUCCACAAAUUGCUGCAGGCUCAGGAAACACUGAGCCAGGUUCACCAUCACAUGUGAAAGUGGACAUUGAAGUUGAUGAUUCAAGAUCAUCCACCUGGAACCCUGGAGGUAAGCAUGAAGCAGGGUAUGAUGCUUUCAUGACCGGAUGCGUCUUCACCCAAUUAUGUAGUGAUUUAGGAGUGGAUUUUAAACUCCAUGAAUCUUCAAAAGAAUUAGCCCUUAAUGAGAAACUACAGAAGUACGUUAAUCAUCUAUAUAUUAGUUGGAUGCAUGGAGACAUUAUUGAUCUAAGUACUGGUGAUAAGGUUGCAGAUUCUUCACCGAGCUAUAGCCUCAAGAGGCGGUACCCACAAAUUUUGUUUGAGAACAUUGUUAUUAUGUGGGGGUUUCCUUCUAAGCUCAAGGCAAAUGAAAUAAGAAAUUGUAUAUCUCUAGUUUUUGGUUCAAGUUCUGUAGUUUCUAUCUACCACUUGGACUCAACUGCAGUGUUUGUCCAGUUUAGCAAAACAAAUCUGGUUUCUGAUUUUCUUUUAUUGAAGGACACCUUAGAGAGAAGUGAUGGUCCAAUCUUGGUUUUGCAUCCGCUGGCAAAACUUUUGGAAGGUGGAAAUACAUGUGCUGCUAAUUAUGAUGCUUACAGAGAAAUUUGUGGUUCAACCUUAUCAGAAAGCCUGUUUGCUGAUCAGGCCAAGGCAGUUGGUAUAACAUGGAAGACCAAAUUGAUGGAAUGCAAGGUAACAUUGGGGAGCGAAGAACAUGAAAAUCAAAGUGAACAAGGUAAUGUGAAUACAGCUAUGAAGUUUGUAGGAAAGACCAAGCCAAACACAAUAGAUCAGUUGAGAAAUUCACCACCUCAUGGGCAGGUCUCACCUUUUGAGAUUGAAGAUUCUUGUGCCGCAGAAGCCAACUUGUGAUUUCUUUUUGGUUUUUGGUUGGGACCAGCUCGCCAACAACAAUGACUAUUCCGUUGUUGCAGGUGCUCACGCUAAGCAGUAAAUAACUGAUCACAAAAUGUGUUUCAUUUUAAUGGGCGAGGUUCGAAUUCCCGACCUCAUGGUCCUGAUUUUUGACUAAUGAUUUUGUAGUCACCUGCAUGAGCACACUAUUGUAUUAAGUUACAUUUUUGACAUAGCAACCUAUAAAGUUAGAAGAUGUAGCAAUCUUAGAUGCAUAGGGUCAUGCAGAUUAAGUCGAUACCAGUAAAUUUUCUAGUGGGGAUAGCAAUUUUUUUUGCGUAUCCAAAUGUUACUCUAUUAAAUUUGUUUGUACAGUGUAGUGUAAAUAGUUUCUCUUUUUGAAAAAUUAUUUCCAUUA